AGAAGGUUGGGGAUCGAGGCGACACUACUUGUGGAGGCCGAGCGGAGCAAAAUGGAGAAGAGCGUGGCGGAUACGGCGGCGCCGGUGCCUAGAGUUGCAGUGGUGGUUUACAUUUUGAAAGGGAACUCAGUGCUAUUGGGUCGAAGGCUUUCCUCCACCGGUGACUCCAGCCACUCCACCUUCGCACUCCCCGGCGGCCACCUCGAGUUCGGCGAGGCGUUUGAUGAAUGUGCUGUGAGAGAAGUGAAGGAAGAAACAGGGUUAGACAUUGAGAAAACAGAGUUUUUGACUGUGACAAACAACCCCUUUUUGAAUGAUCCAAAGCCUUCCCAUUAUGUUACCAUUUUUAUGCGAGCUGUUUUGUCGGAUCCAUUGCAACUUCCACAAAAUCUGGAGCCAAGCAAGUGCGGCGGCUGGGAUUGGUACGACUGGGAUCACCUUCCAAAUCCUCUGUUUUGGCCUUUGGAGAAGAUGGUAAAAAGUGGGUUUAAUCCAUUUCCUGUUUGAUUGGUGUUCUUAACAUUGUACACACAUAAAUGAUGAAUCUGAUGUGUUAAUCCUUCUGUUGCUUUAUCUUUUGUUAAGUGUCUGCUUGAUGAAGAAGAAUGUUUUGGGGGCU